AUGAGUUCUCCACAAAAGAAACCCAGAGACCCAAAGGAUAAUGUAAAGAACGUUCCACCAGAGGAGAAGCCCUUCAGCUGUGACCAGUGUGAGAAGAGCUUCAAACGCAGCAGUCACCUCAAAGCCCAUCAGCUGACUCACAGCGGCGAGAAGCCCUUCAGCUGUGACCAGUGCGGCAAAGCGUUUGCUCUGGCGUGUUCCCUAAAACUUCACUACGGCAUUCACACCGGAGAGAAACGCUUCACCUGCGGCGAGUGCGGAGCCACUUUCCUUCACAAGGGUCACUUCCAAAACCACCAGAACAUUCACACGGGGGAGAGAGCGCACGGCUGUGACCAGUGUGGCAAAGCGUUCACGUCCAGAGGCGAGCUAACCAACCAUAAGCGCAUUCACGCCGGGUUGAAGCCGCACAGCUGCGGCGAGUGCGGGCAAGCGUUCGGGCGGCGAGGAACGCUGAUUCGCCACCUUCGUAUUCACUCCGGAGAGAAGCCGUAUUGGUGCGAGAUCUGUAAGAAGAUGUUUUCCCGGGAAUACGCCUUGGAAGUUCACCGGCGCGGUCACGCCGGAGAGAAACCGUACGUGUGUGAGGAGUGUGGGAAGGCUUUCAGUUCAUCAGGAAGCCUUAAUGGCCACCAACGCAUUCACGCUGCUACGUUUUGA